AUGCUUCUCAUCAUCACCAUCUCAGUUGUUCAAGCGCAGCACAGAAACAUCAGCAACAGCACCCUCCAGGACAUCAUUUUUUUCUUAUCGAUUUUGACCAUGAAGCGUACGGCUGUCAUCAAAGGUCUCCUUUUUGCACUGCUCUCUUCCUCCUUCCUGACUGAAUGCGAUGGUGCUGUUCUCUCGAGGCCCACCAACGAAGGAUUCAGGAUAAAUCAAGUGCCUUACGGAACUUCAUCACGAAACGGGCCAGCUGCUUUGGCAGCUGUUUAUACAAAGAGAGGAUUCCAGGCACCAGAAUAUGUUCAGAGGGCUGUAUCUCGAGCUGUGCAGCUCGGUUCCGAUGAUGCUUCUUCUGGCUCUGUUCCCGCCCUAUCUCAGAAUGUCUAUGAUGUGGCCUACAAGUGCCCAGUAACCCUCGGCUCGAGUCAAGUAUACCUCGACUUUGACAGUGGAUCAUCUGACCUCUGGUCUUUCUCUACACUUCAGCCGGAAGACCAAACUGCAAACCACCAGCUGUACCAUCCUUCAGGAAACCCUAUUGCAAAUUCGACUUGGGCAAUCACCUACCUCGACGGCAGCUCUGCAAGCGGCAUUGUCUAUUCAGACAGCGUCACGCUUGGCGGAUUAACUUUCCAAAACCAAUACGUCGAAGCAGCCGAAAACGCAUCUGCAUCAUUCGUCAGCGGUGGGCAGGAUGGUUUACUCGGGCUUGGCUUUGACCAGCUCAACACAAUCAAGCCAAGCAAGCAAUACUCUUUGUUCAGCGCCAUUGCCCCGAGUCUACCUCAGCCGCUCUUCACGGCCAAUCUGAAGAAGAACGCCUCCGGAACGUACACGUUUGGCUACCUCAACAAGACCGAAUACGUCGACCCCAUAACGUACGUCGAUGUGGAUUCCUCCGAUGGCUUCUGGUCAUUCGAGACGACUGCUUAUGCUGUUGGGAGCGGCUCCAGCACGUCCAAGCAAUUCAGCGGAAUCAUGGAUACGGGCACGACUUUGCUCGUCCUACCGUCCGACAUCGCGCGCUCCUACUACGCCAACGUGACGGGCGCCUCAUUCAAUGCCGACAAUGGCGGCUGGACGUUCUCUUGCGACGCCGACCUGCCAGCCCUCCACUUGCAGAUUGGCGGACAGGCUCAUACUGUGCCGGGCAGCUUCCUUAACUUCGCCCCGGCUGGCGGCUCGGCGUGCUUCGGAGGCUUGCAGCAGAGCGACGACAUCCCAUUUUCAAUCUUCGGCGAUAUCUUCAUCAAGUCGCAGUUCGUUGUCUUCGACCGAAGCACCACUCCGCCUCGGUUGGGCCUGGCAAAACAACAGGGCGUGAACUAUGAUGAGUAA